CACUGGUCACAACAACCAAACGAGAUGUGAUCAGUGUUCAGUGGUCACAGGUCUUGCGUUCUCUACUUCUCUUCCUCGCUUCCCCCUUCUGCCUGCUCAACCCACUCACCCCCACACCAGAAAUCCCUUCAUCUGGUGCCCUGCCUUCCUUGCUGUCUUCCCCCACCGGCACUAUUUAACUCUGAUUCUGUCAGUUUAGCAACUAUAACUGCCUAAUUUGUGGCCGAAAGAAAACGUAUAAAUGCCUUAUUAAUCGUCGUCAGAUAUAGAAGCUUUUAGUGCCAAUAAAAGGGAGGGGAGGUCACAUAUUCAGCUUUUCUUCCUGGACUCUUCUCAAGUCCUGCACGCUCUGGAGGUUAGGUUAGAAGGUUCCGGGCUUCCAUCUACAAGAAGCAAUCGGCGCAGCUCUGUUCUGUUUCUCCUGGCUCUUGGCAUCGUCUGGUAGCUCGCUCUUGGCAUCGUCUGGUAGCUCCGGUUCAAAGGUGGUCGUGGAUAAUACUGUCGGUUGGACACUGGAAUAGUAAAAUGUGGGACAAAAGAUUGCACGGGUGCCUGCUUCUUCUGGUCUUCCUUCUCGCGAACGCGUCAGGCAGCCAUGCUGAAACCGCCGUCGAUUCAGAGCAAGGCAAGAGGCGAUCCCUGGCCACGGGGAGCGGCAUGUUCUGCGUGGCGAUGCAGGGCGCGGACCCGGCGGCGCUGCAGGCGGGGCUGAACUGGGCGUGCGGGCCGGGGCACGCCGACUGCACGGCCAUCCAGCCAGGCGGGCCGUGCUACAAGCAGAACAACCUGCAGGCGCUGGCGUCCUACGCCUACAACGACUACUACCAGCGUAGCGCCAAAACCAGCACCGCCUGCGACUUCAACGGCACCGCCACCACCACCACCACGGAUCCCAGUUCGGGGCAGUGCGUCUUCACAGGAAGCUCCACGGCCGGCGGCACUCCGGCGGCAAGCGCCCCCAGCGGGCUGUCCCCGUUCACGCCGGGCACGGGUGGCUUCGGCAACGGAUCGUCCUUCGGGAGCCCCUCGAGCGGCCUGGUCCCUUUCGAUGGCGCGGAGAGCCUCCUGUCCCGCGCGCGGUGGGCGCUCUGUGCCCUGCUGCUGGCGCUGCCGCUCUUCUUCUUCCUUUGACCAGCAGCAGAGCAGAGCAGCACAUGUACAUGGGGGCAGCGAGGGCCGCUGCCUGCUAGAGCGUUUUUACAGUUACAUGUUUUGUUCGUCGGUAGAUCUUGUGUGGGUGUACAUGUCAGGAUCGCGUUGGAUGUGUUGGGAGGUUACAUUACAUAAGAUAAGAUGCUGCACAGAUGGAUCGUCUAUGGACUGGACCCCUUCAUGUUUACAUGUAUAUUUUUUAACUUCAAAAAAAAAAAAGUUUCCAUGUAGGAG